UUCUGGCCUUAUAUUUUCGUUAGAUAAUAAAAAUACCAAGAUUGGUAAGGGCUUAUAUGGGGUUAUUAUGACUCUAAAUGUAAUUAAAAAUGAUUGCAUGAUGGAAUAUGUCAGCAUUGGUUGCAACAGAACAACUCAAGUAUUAGCAUGGGGUAAAAAUGAUCUCAUAGCAUAUGGAGCAUGUAGAUCAGUUGUACUUUAUCAACCAGAGAAUGACAAUGUUUAUGCUGGAAAAAUAGUUCAUGUAUUAAAUGGUCAUAAAGGAGAAGUUUACUGUGUACAAUGGUUGAGUGAAAAUGAGCUGAUAUCUGGAUCAUCUGAUAAAAGUAUUAUUGUAUGGACAAGAAGAGAUAAAACGUGGCAGUUUCAACAGCAACUAACAGGACACAAUAAUGUUAUAUGUUCCUUGGCUUCAGUCACCUACGGAAAUAAUACAUAUAUCGCAUCUGCAAGCUCAGAUUCAACAGUGAAAUUAUUUAAAAGACAAGGAAAAGAAGAUUUUCAAUGUGUUCAAACAAUCUCAUUUGGCAAUGGAUUUUCACAUACAUUGGCAAUGUCAAUACUGCCUAGCUUGAAUGGUGUUAUGCUAGCAUGUGGUUGUGAUGAUAUGUUAAUUAAAAUUUACACCUUGCAAAAUAACAUGUUUGUUCAUGUGUUGAGUUUGAGUGGUCAUGAGGAUUGGGUUCGAUGUCUGGUGUUUACAAAUACAGGACUAGAAGACGAUUUGCUUCUUGCAAGUGGCUCUCAAGACUGUUACAUAAGGUUGUGGAGAAUAUGCAAAAGUUCAAAACAACAAAAAACCAAAAGUGAUUUGUCAUUAAAAGAACAGUCAUUUAUUAGCAAUGAUGAAAUAUUUACUAUUGUAUUAGAAUCAGUAUUAAUCGGACAUGAUGGAUGGGUGUUGGGUGUAUCGUGGAGCAUGUCAUGUGGAAGGACACCAUCAUUGCUCUCCACAAGCAUGGACAAAUCUACUAUUGUUUGGGAAUAUGAUGAAAUGAACCAAGUGUGGAUUGACACAGCACGCAUGGGUGACGUUGGAGGUAACACCCUGGGUUACUAUGGUUGUGCGUUUGCUCCUGACGGCAAAAGCAUAAUUGCUCAUGGCUACCAAGGUGCUUUCAGGAUGUGGAAAAAGAAUAAAGAUACAUCUAAAUGGCAACCUAUGAUAACAAUUAGUGGUCAUUUCGGAGAAGUUGAGGAUUUUGAUUGGGACGUUAAUGGGAGGUUUGCCAUCACGGCUAGCACUGACCAAACUACAAGAUUGUUUUCUCCUUGGAAACGUGAUAAAUAUUAUACAACAUGGCACGAAAUAGCCCGUCCACAAGUGCAUGGAUAUGAUAUGAAGUGCAUUGUUAUGGUGGGAAAGUACAAGUUCGCAUCGGGUGCCCAAGAAAAGGUUAUCCGCGUCUUCUCUGCCCCACGAGCAUUUUACGACAGCUUUUUACACAUUUCUAAAGUUUGCGAAGAAGAAGAGGUUCUUGCAUUGCUUCCACUUGGUGCUACUGUGCCUGUGCUUGGUCUAUCCAAUAAAGCAGUGUAUGAAGGUGACAUAAAAAGUUGGGAUAAUCAAAGCACAAGAGAUAGUCAACCCAUGAAAGCUUCGGCGUUUGCAAAUGAAGAUCCGGCUCCUUUUAACCCAACGUUAAUCAGCGCUCCUCCUAUCGAAGAUGUGUUGGUCCAAAACACUUUAUGGCCAGAGGUUCAAAAACUAUAUGGACACGGUUUUGAACUGUUUGCAAUAUCAGCAUCGCCUGAUGGUACCACAUUAGCAACUGCUUGCAAAGCCUCUAGGGCUGAAUACGCGAACAUUAUUAUUUGGGAUUCUACAACAUGGAGUCAAAAGGACAGUCUAAACGCGCACAGUUUAACCGUCACGCAGCUGUGUUUCUCACGCAGUGGUAUUUAUUUACUGUCAGUAUCACGAGAUCGUACAUGGGCGUUACACAAACGAACUGAACAUUCUAAGUUUUCUCUUGUCCAAAAAACGGACAAGAAGUCCAGCAUACAUACAAGAAUUAUAUGGUCAUGCGACUGGUUUUACGACGAAAAUCACUUCGUUACUGCAUCUCGCGAUAAAAGGGUCAUUGUAUGGGGUCGUAACACAAAUGACCAAUGUUGGUCAGCUAUGGCAGAUAGUUUGGAUGUGGGUGAAUCCGCCACGGCAGUGAGUGUUCACAGUUUGCAGAGGAAGACUGACAAGUAUGUUAUUGCUGUAGGAUUAGAAUCUGGUGGUAUAGUAAUAUACGCUUGGUUAAAUGCACCGUCGUCAAAUUGGAGGAGCAUACAUCGCGUUGAUACCUCUUUAUGCCCAACAUUAAUGAUUAAACGGUUACGAUGGAGACCUAAAGACGAUGAUUGUAAAGACAAUAAACUUUUCUUAGGCGCAUGUAGUAGCGACCACAGUUUCAGAAUAUUAAAAUUUAAUUUAUCUUUGUUCACGCAAUAACGAAUAGAAUUUCGAUUUAGUUA